AUACUGUAAUACCCUGGUCCAUAGUAACUUUAAUAGAGUCAGAUAGAACCUAACUUUAAAGCUUUAUUGUAUUUUUAUUUCUUGUCUAAUGUGUUUAUAUCUUGGUGGAUAACAAGUUUAUAUCCAUGGCUUUAUAAUUGCUAGGUAUUUAACUUAAAUCAGUUUAUUGUGUGCAUGUAGUACCUAUAAAUGCAGAAUAAUAUAAUUUACUUCCUGGUUUAAGCAGCCAUGUUUGUAUACAUCCUGUUGCAUUGCAUUGUGGGUAGUUGCUUAGCAACUGCAGCUUCCUUUUAUUGUUUACUUGUCAAUGUAGAGAUGUCAAGCAACUUUCAUCAACAAUUUAAAACUGUUAACCCCUUUAAAAGGAAAUUUGAGGUUUUAAUCUUUUGUAUUAAUUAUAUUUUUAUUAAAUAAGACUAAUAAUUAUUGAUAUAUUGGUAAUUUUAAUAUUUAAAUUCUCAUUUGUUUCCAGUGACUGUGAGCUUCACAGUUCCACAUUAUUUUAUGUGAAGCUGGGUUCACAUGAUUUUAUGUGAAGUUGGCAAACUUCACAAGUUGUGAAAUGUGAACUUCCACACUUUUUUGUGUGAAGUCUGAGUAGUAUAUAAACUGCUGUGAGCUCAUUUUCGAGGACACACACGCAAAACAACUUGCUUAGUACAAGUAUAAAUUUUGUUUGAGAAACAACAAUCUUUAAGGGCGAGAUGAGUCUGACAGACAAGGGAGUAAAGAAGGGUAGGCUGUACUCAUGUAUACAUUGUGAGAAGGCUGGCAAGUCGUAUCGAGAGGCGAGGUACAGAGUUGUGGGGCACAUAUUGAAGCACCAUUUGUCCUUGGACCAGACACCCUUUUAUUGUAGUCUGUGUAUGUUCCGGUGCUUGACAGCAGAUGCUCUCCAGAAGCAUGUCACAGGUUAUAAGAGGCAUCAACUUAUGGCUGGGGGUGAGCAGGUUAACCACAGUAACUUUUUAGUGCAGAAUAAGGUGGCGAAACCUAUUUGUGAAGGCACUGACUACCGGCAACUGAGCCUCAGGGAGCAGUUUUCAUCUUCGACGUCUGCUGAAGACCCACUUAACAGAACAGACGAGUUCUUAUUAAACGACUUUGAUGCUCUUGAUGAACAAGUUCAGGCUGAAUUUCACUCAUCAGCAGUCAAUCGUGACCUUGUGAACAACUCAACCAGUGGUCAAAGUCUUAACCAGGUCGGUGCUCAGGGUCUUAUCAAUGUACAAGUGACGCCUGACGUUCUCGCUCAGCUGAUGCAGCAGAAGCAGGUCAACCAACCACAACAGGCUCAAACACAGGUGAACCAAGGCAGUCAGAUGUUCAUACCCCCACCACCAAUUCAACGACAAUUGCAGGUACCUCUGGCUCCACACACUCAAACGUCUGGUUCACUUUUGAAUAUGCUACAAGUACCAGGUCAGUCAAAUUACAACAACCAUAACAACAACUCUUCAAGCAGUACACCACUUUUGGAUGAAUUACGGAACACGGUCAUUUCCUUUCCGACACCAGACAGAACUACUACCAAACAGAGAAAACAGACACCGAAAUCAUCAAGGCUCAAUACACCUAAGGGAAGCCCACCUGAAGAUAUCAUGAACCAGCUUUUAGGGGACCUACCAGACUCCCCUGCGUUUUCGGCAUUAGAACCUGGCCAGGUGGGUAAACAAAACAAAGUCCCAGCCAUGUCUGUGCGUACAAAGUCUGUACAAACUGAACCUGUGCAAGAGCCAGAGCCAAAGAGGCCACGUAGAGACGAGGAUCCAGAAAACAGGACAGCAUUAUUAGCAGCCCUUGGAAAAAUUACGGCCGCAAUAGAUUGGAACAGCAGAGCAGUCAGGAAUCAGGACAGAACUAUCUCCCAAGUAGUUGAUGCACUGUCUAAAUUGGAGAAAUCAGUGUCAUGCAUUGCCGAUGGACUCAAAAAGAAAGAUUCGUAUAACAGGGGCAAGGAAAAUUUAGACAGCCCAAACAAAAAAGUGCUGAAAUCAAUAGUAAAGAAGAAAUAAACUUGACAUUACAACAACUGAUUCAUUAUUAACAAAAAACCAAGGAACAGGAACUGAGACAAUUUUGAAUAUUUUAAAACAUAAAUCGAUUAACCUCAUUUGAAAAUUAAUUAGAACUCGUUAAACGAUUUAAAGUGAAAUGAAUAAAGUGAAAAAAAACUGAAACAUUUAAUACAUAUCGCGUAAUACAUCAAGAAGAUGAACAUAUGAACAUUAAGAAAUUAAUUUUUAUUAAUACACAAGUUGAAAUUAUUGUGAUGAACGUUUAAAUAUUAGAUACGCGUUGUGAUAGUUAAGUGGAAAGUGAUGUGAAAUGACAGUGCUUUAAAUAGUGAUAUUUAUAAUGGAACUGUGACAUUUGUUUAUAUUAUCCAGAAUUGAUCAGAUAUCUUAGAUGAGAAGAGACUGUUGUGUAAAGUUUACUUUGAGUAUUUAUGAUGUGAUACAGACACUGACAUUUUAAUUGAAGUUUAAUAUGAAUUAGAGAAAUGAACAGUUGAAAAGUUAUAUUAUUUAUGAAUUUCGUGCUAUUGUUGAAAUAUUGGAAUGUGUUUAAGCAAAACUUAUGUUGAGAAAUUAGUGGUUUUUUGAAAUCGUUUCAUGUUGUUCAAUUUUUAAAUAUUUUAAGGUGCUCACGCAUUUUCAUGUUUAAGGUGGUUCUACACAUGCUUUAUUGUAACUAUAGAAAGUAAUACGAAAUAAUAUUGACAGGUGAAUUAUUUUUUUAAAUAUUUUAUGUCAGAUGGAACUUUGACAUUAUAAGAGGGGGGUAAUGUAAUACCCUGGUCCAUAGUAACUUUAAUAGAGUCAGAUAGAACCUAACUUUAAAGCUUUAUUGUAUUUUUAUUUCUUGUCUAAUGUGUUUAUAACUUGGUGGAUAACAAGUUUAUAUCCAUGGCUUUAUAAUUGCUAGGUAUUUAACUUAAAUCAGUUUAUUGUGUGCAUGUAGUACCUAUAAAUGCAGAAUAAUAUAAUUUACUUCCUGGUUUAAGCAGCCAUGUUUGUAUACAUCCUGUUGCAUUGCAUUGUGGGUAGUUGCUUAGCAACUGCAGCUUCCUUUUAUUGUUUACUUGUCAAUGCAGAGAUGUCAAGCAACUUUCAUCAACAAUUUAAAACUGUUAACCCCUUUAAAAGGAAAUUUGAGGUUUUAAUCUUUUGUAUUAAUUAUAUUUUUAUUAAAUAAGACUAAUAAUUAUUGAUAUAUUGGUAAUUUUAAUAUUUAAAUUCUCAUUUGUUUCCAGUGACUGUGAGCUUCACAGUUCCACAUUAUUUUGUGUGAAGCUGGGUUCACAUGAUUUUAUGUGAAGUUGGCAAACUUCACAAGUUGUGAAAUGUGAACUUCCACACUUUUUUGUGUGAAGUCUGAGUAGUAUAUAAACUGCUGUGAGCUCAUUUUCGAGGACACACACGCAAAACAACUUGCUUAGUACAAGUAUAAAUUUUGUUUGAGAAACAACAAUCUUUAAGGUACUUUAACUUAUUUUGGUGAAUAUUUUC